GUCGCGUCAGUUCAAACAUGGCGGCGCCCCAUGCCGUGGUCGGUGUGGAGGAAGGCAGCAGUCAAACACCACUGAUUCUGUCAGAUUCAAGCACCGGAGAUGUGAAGAGGCCUCUGUUCGGGACACGUUUCCUCACAGACCCGCGGCAGGUCUUCCAGCACAACGCAUGGGACAAUGUGGAGUGGAGUGAGGAACAAGAGGCAUCUGCUAAGAAGAAAGUCUUAGAAAACAAUCAGCCACUACCUCCAGAGAAACAAGAGGAAUAUGACAGCCGGGCAAAUGAGUUUUGGAAUGGUUUUUACACAAUCCAUGAGAAUCGUUUCUUCAAAGACCGUCACUGGCUGUUCACAGAGUUCCCAGAGUUGGCCCCCCAGUGUAGCCUUAACCACGAGUCGCGUCUCGAGGUCUCUGACUCCGAUCACAGUCAACAGGAGAGUCUGGAUCAAGAAAGGGGAGUUCCAACUUUGUCUCACACCGACGGAGACAUCCCUGGCUCUUCUGCCACAUAUCGCAUUCUAGAGGUCGGCUGCGGUGUAGGCAAUACUGUUUUUCCAAUACUGAAGACAAACAAUGACCCGGGACUCUUUGUUUACUGCUGUGAUUUCUCCAGCACUGCUGUGGAGCUAGUCAAGGCUAAUCCAGAGUACGAGCCUGGGCGCUGCUUCGCCUUUGUUCAUGACUUGAGUGAUGUGGAAGCCAAUUUUCCCGUCCCCGAUGGAACCCUUGAUGUUAUAGUGCUAAUCUUUGUGUUAUCGGCGUUGCAUCCCAACAAGAUGCAGGCCUCCAUCAGUAGAUUGGCGCGGCUGCUGAAGCCUGGGGGAGUGAUGCUGCUCAGAGACUAUGGACGCUACGAUUUGGCACAGCUUCGCUUCAAGAAAGGAAGGUGUCUGUCAGAAAACUUUUAUGUCCGAGGUGAUGGAACAAGAGUGUAUUUCUUUACUCAAGAUGAGCUACAUGAGAUGUUCAGUGAGGCUGGGCUUGAGAAAAUGCAGAACCUUGUGGACAGACGGCUACAGGUGAACAGAGGCAAACAGCUCACUAUGUAUAGAGUGUGGAUCCAGUGCAAGUACCGCAAGGCUCUAGCUCAGCCACUUGAGACCCAGGACCAAGACAAGGGAGAGGACCCGCCUGGCUUGACCUUAAGCUGAACUACAACUGAAACUAGGAGCUCAGAUCAAGGCGGUGCUGGCCUUUUUCUGUGGAUGUAUGGAAUUGAGAAGCUCUGUUGUGAAUGUGAUAAAGGGGAUGCAACUAGAUAGUUAAAUGCUGUAAAUACCUUACAAUAUCUCAGCUGCCAUAAUGUUGAUGGACUUGUUUUAUGGCUUAGUGUUCCUGAUGGUGCUGCAAUUCUACUUACAAGAGUGAUCAUUUCUCAUUUUGUGCUGAUGAGUUCAGUAAUCUGAGAAAGGGGCUGGUUACCCCCUGUUUAAAUGUUUCUAUUCUGCCAAAUGCUGUUUUUAAUGAGCUGGUGUUUGAAAUAAAUGGCAUGAUUUUAAGGAUAACUUCAUGACAUAUUUGUACAUGCAGAAUCAAUAAAACCUGUAAAUCUGUUUGACUUCGGUGUCAAUAUGCUU